UUCUGUCAAAAAAAUUAUGCAACAUUUCGUGCGGGGUUGAAGAAAACUCGAGUUUGGGGUUGAUUUUUGCAAGGAUUUUGUGGGAGUUUUGCGCAAUUGAGUGGAGAAAUCACAAUGGCAUCCCUUGUGCGUGGUGUUAGUAGUGCAUUUAGUCGAAAUAGGUGCCUAAUUCGUGUGCUAGCGCCGCGAAUUGCGGGUGUUGGUGCAGUUUUGCCCCAGAGAUUGCUUCACAGCGAAAAGCGCCCCCAAACUGCCAGCCUUCUCACCAAUACGCAUCAGUGGCAAAUGAUUGAGAGAAAAUAUUUUGCCACAAAACCAAAUAUCGAGGAGAUCCGGACGAGAGUACUGAAAGUUGUUGCUGCCUAUGACAAAGUUAAUGAGUCAAAGGUGCAUGGAUGGCAGUAUCAGAUUUUGAGACAGUACUCCGCCAAAGCGCCCCUCACGAUUCAAUUUAUCACGGAACGCGUGCUCUUGGUGCUGAAGUUGUACGACAAAAUUGACCCUUCAAAGCUCACAUUGGAUUCUCACUUCAUCAAUGACCUCGGAUUGGAUUCCCUGGAUCAUGUGGAGGUAAUAAUGGCCAUGGAGGAUGAAUUUGGCUUUGAGAUCCCUGAUCAUGAUGCUGAGAAGCUCAAUAGGCCAGCGGAUAUUGUGCGGUAUGUUGCGGACAAGGAGGAUGUUUAUGAGUAAUAUGGAGCCCCUGCGGGGACGCUAAAAGCACCCAAAAUGUGUAUAACUUUCUUUCAAUGUCAGCUCGAUGGAAAUAGAGAUGGAAUUUAGAAAAUAAAAAUCUCCAAAUUGAUUUUUUUCUCCAA